GUUCAGGGAAGGCGCGCCCGGCACUUGUGCAAGUUCGGGGAGGAAGCUGGGGGGCUGGCGGGUCUCCUCCCGCCGCCGCGGUGCCCCAGCCCGGGGCCGCGGACUCCGGGUUUAAUCCUCCGACUGAACACCAGGAGUCUCCCUCCACGGCUGAUCGCCGGCUCUCGCCGCUGCCUCCAGCGGAGCCGCAGUGCGGCGCUGAGGCUUUCUCCCCGGCGCCCGGACCCCGACCGCGCGCGCGGGGGGUGUCGCCGCGGCUGUGCGAGGAGAGCCGAGUCCGCGGGCCAGGAGACCUCCACUUUGGAUUCCAGCAGACACCUUUCCCUCGUUAGCCCCCUCCCCCGCCCCGGGGAGCUUUGUGCAGCGGAGGGGCGGGCAGGCUCUGAAGCCCGGGACCUCGGGGUGAGGGGGCGGGGCCUGGCGACCCCCGGUCCCACCUCGACCCGCCCGCGGCAGGGGCGCCGGGAGGGGCGAAGGGGUGCGUGGCUGCUCCCAUUGGUUCUGCCCUGAGAUAAGGCCGACGCUCCCGGAGGCAGAGGAUCCGGCCCUUCCCCGGCGCCCGCACGGUAGUCCCGGGUGCCCCCUGCACAGCAGGCGGCGGCCCCUCCGCAGCUCAGCGCGCGCCCUCGCCCGUCGCCGCGACCCGCAGAGCCCCGCGGCGCGUGGAGGCGGCCGCCUGCGCCUCGCACGGCUCCCCCGCCCUGCAGCCGCCGCGGUCCAUCCAGAUAAGGACGCCGCUGCGGGCUCGCGUGCCGUCCGCGGGGACCUCCCACUCCCGGCGCCGCCGGACGCAGAGCGGGGCUCCCUGGGGAUUACGGCGGACGCGGUCGUGUGGCCGGACGGGCCGGGGGCUCGGGGCCCGUGGAGCCUUUUGUGCGGCCCAGCCCGGGCGUUUUGUUUGCGGAAGAAGCAGAAGAGACAGGGGAGAGGUUCUGGUGGCUUCCAGAGAGUGGCUUAACUGGAAUCCGAAGUGAUAGCAUCGGAAGCGAUAGUAGAGGUCAUGUAAUGUAUCCCAGCCUCCUAAUUUUACAAAUGAGAAACUAAAGUCUAGUGAGGUGAAGUGACUUGUCUAAAACGGUUUGGAAGAUGACACACAACGCAGCUGCCUUUGUCCCUGGUGGCAGACCAGCGUGUGAAAAAGCAUGACACAAGUUUGAGGUUUGUGUCUGCGUCCUCAAGGUCAAGAAAUUAUCUCCUUGGAAGGCAACAAUACUAUGCAUGUUAUGAAUUGUGUCUCCUUGGUCAGUGAUAAAGAAAAUGGGACUAUCGCCACAGCAGCUGGAUUCAUGAUUGAGGAAACACCGCCCCCGCCUCCUCCUCCUCCUCCACCCCCUCCACCUCCACCAUGUCCAUAUUCAGAGGACGUGUUUGCUCCCUCUCUUCCCCCUCCCCCACCACAUGCACUCCCCGGAGGGCCUCCGGUCCCUCCUCCCCCUCCAGAACUGCCCCCAGCAUCUCACUUGAACGGCUACCACCUCGGUAAGAAAAAGCGGAUGAGAAGCUUCUUUUGGAAAACCAUUCCGGAGGAGCAAGUGCGAGGCAAAACCAACAUCUGGACCUUGGCAUCCAGGCAGCAGCAUCAAUACCAAAUAGACACGAAGACCAUCGAGGAGCUCUUCGGGCAGCAGGAAGAUGCCACCAAGCCUUCCCUUUCCAGGAGAGGAGGAUCUUUAAAUUCGUCCUUCAAGGAAGCGAGAGAGGAGAUGACUAUCUUGGAUGCAAAACGGAGCAUGAACAUUGGGAUAUUUCUUAAGCAAUUUAAGAAGUCUCCUCAGUCCAUUGUAGAAGAUAUUCAUCAAGGAAAGAGUGAGCAUUAUGGAUCAGAGACACUGCGAGAAUUUCUUAAACUGUUGCCAGAGUCAGAGGAGAUAAAGAAAUUAAAAACAUUUAAUGGCGAUGUGUCCAAGCUGUCCCUGGCAGACUCCUUUCUGCACUGCUUAAUUCAGGUGCCAAACUAUUCGCUUCGGAUUGAAGCCAUGGUGCUAAAGAAGGAGUUUUUACCUUCUUGCUCUUCUCUGUACACGGAUAUAAGAAUUCUGAGAAUGGCUAUACAAGCUGGAGGCUUCUCUAAGUCACUGUGUGUGUUCUUCUUGACAGAGCUGAUGUCAUGUGAGGAGCUGCAUUCCAUAUUACACUUGGUGCUACAGGCAGGAAAUAUCAUGAAUGCAGGAGGGUAUGCCGGCAAUGCAGUAGGCUUUAAGCUGUCUUCUUUGCUCAAAUUGGCAGACACCAAAGCAAACAAACCUGGGAUGAACCUUCUGCACUUUGUUGCACAGGAAGCCCAAAAGAACGAUGCCAUUCUUCUAAACUUUUCUGAAAAAUUACAUCAUGUUCAGGAGGCUGCUAGGUUGUCUCUGGAUAACACGGAGGCAGAGCUGCACUCGCUGUCUGUCAGGACGCGGUCGCUGAAGGAAAACAUCCGGCGGGAUGAUGAGCUCCGUCAGCAGAUGGAAGAGUUCCUUCAGUUUGCUGUAGAAAAGCUGGCCGAACUAGAACACUGGAAACGGGAGCUCCGGGACGAGGCCCACGCCCUCAUAGAUUUUUUCUGCGAAGACAAAGAAACCAUGAAACUGGAUGAGUGCCUUCAGAUAUUUCGAGACUUUUGCACCAGAUUCAGCAGAGCGGUUAAGGACAACCACAACCGGGAGGUACAGGAGCUGAGGCAGCUGCGGCGGCUGCAGGAGCUGGAGCAGAAGCGGCAUUCCUGGGCGACCGGGGAGCUGGUGGGAUUCGGCCGGAGCAGCAGUGAGAAUGACGUGGAGCAGCUGGGCAAGAAGGGUGCGGAGGACCUGCCCCCCUUCCUGCGCCGCAGGCCCAUCAGCCCCUCCUGCCGACGCCCCAACACCCGCCGCUCCCGCCUCUCCCUGGGCGCCUCCGCUGACCGGGAGCUGCUGACCUUCCUGGAGAACUCUGUGGGCAGCCCCGAGGAGGCCAACAAGUUCAACAGCUUGCCCCGGAGCAGCCCUCGGCAGCCCCGGCCCGCGUCGGCCUGGAGGGAGUCUGGGGAGCCGAGGGACCAGGGCUUUGGCCGCACACACAGACCUCAGGCCUCCGCAGGCCAGGAGGGAGCCCCCGACGCCCCCUCGGCUUCCUGUGGCCAGCUCCUCGCCCCCCAGAUGGAAGACUCUGCUCCGGUUUUGCUCCGAACUCGGCGUAGCGGGCUCAGCAUGCUCCAGAAGAGGAACAGCGAGCCUGUGGGCCUGGCGUCUCCCUGGUCCCCUCCACUCUCGCCACUGGCUCUGGGAAUUAAGGAGCACGAGCUGGUGACCGGGCUGGCCCAGUUCGACGUCCAGGGUCCCAAGGACCCAGAGGAGACGCCCCAGCGGAGCCCGACCAACGUCAGUCCAGUGGAGCUGGCGUCUCCGGGGGAUGGGAGCCUGCAACCCCUCGGAGCCGGCACUGGUGCUGGCAUUGGUGCUGGCAACGGUCGCCUGACGCCUGUGGGUACAGGUGCCCAGGAGAGUCUCAGCGCCCAGGAGAGUCUCAGUGCCCAGGAGAGUCUCAGCGCUGCCCUGCAGAGUGACGGCGUGGCCCCUGACGAGCCCAGCAUCAACCCUGAGAACAAAGACCCUGGGCCCCUGUUCUUCUUCUCGGAUACCACCGACUGCUCGCUGACCUUGGACUGCUCAGAGGAGACCAAUGCCAGGUCCGGGGGUGGGGAGCUGGGGGAGGCCGGCCAAGGGCAUGGCUCUGUGUCCUCUGGGGCAGGGGAGGCGGAUGGCAGCCAAGUGUCCUCCAACCCGCUCUCCAGCCCCCCUGGGGAGACCCCUGCUCCUGCUUCUGCAAAGACCGGGCCCAGCUGCAGGGGUGGCCUUUCCAGAGACAGGUCCUCCAAAGGGAAGGAAGUGACCACACCAAAGAGAAACUCCCUCAAGGAGGCGUCCCAGGGAGCCCCCAAGCCUGGGGCUGUCCCGCGAGGCCAGGGGACGGCGCCCAAGCCCGUGCGGACCUUGACCUCCUCGGAGAGCGAGAGCAUGCGCAAGGUCGUGCCCAUCUCGAGGGCCAGCAGGGGCUCCUCCGGCUGGAAGCAGCCGCCUCGGGAGCCGCCCAGCGGCACCCAGGAGCCGUGGUCACGCCGGAACUCUGUGAAGGGCACCUCGGACACGUCACCCAAGAGGUCCUCGAAGGGGCCCGGGGUGGUCGUCGAGGUGACCGAGGAGCAGGAGCAGAGGCCGCUGCGAGGGAGGGUCGGCUCCUGCGGCACCCGGCCGGGCAAGGAGCCCGCCCUGCAGCCCAGGGGCUCCCUCAAGAAGCCCAGCGCCAAGCCCCUCCGGAACGUCCCCAGACAGAAACCCGAGGAAAAUAAGAUCUGCCGCUCCAAUUCCCAGGACCCCCAGAGCCCGGGAGAAGAGCCCAAGCCGCCUCCACCAACCCCCAGCGUCCCCCGUGUCCCGUCCCAGGUCCCAGGCUUUGCCCGAAACACAGUAGCCUCCUCAUCUCGGUUCAUGAAAACAGAUUCUCUCCCGGUGACCAAGGCCCCCGGCCUCACGCGGACCGUCUCCCACCGGCAGCUGAGGAUGAAGGGUGGCUCUGAGGAUGCGGUCCCCAAGGACAGCGGCACCCUGCGGCGGGCCAACAGCUCCCGGGCCCCCAAAAAGUGUCCUGAGUCAGCAGAGGGGCCCGGUGCCAACACGGAGGCCUCUCUGAAGGGCAGGGGGACGGGGGAAAGGACCUCCUUCAGGCAGAAAGACUCCGGCCGGACCACACUGGGGAAAAUCCUCCACCCCUUAUGGAAGUGAUGGGUGCCUGUCCCCCCUCACCUCCUGGCACAUCAUGCGGACUGACUGCUGUGAAAGGCCAACACCGAGUGACUCUUCUACAUCAAGGGAAUCGCCGGUGCCACCUGCUAGUGCUCCUAUCGCUGAAGGUACCCUCUGGGAGGCCUGUGGACCGCCACCUGCAGCGCCGACUCCUGCCGUCGAGUCCCCAUGCACCCCUGUCCUGGACCGGCACCUCCCGCACACCCCCCCAAAGUGUGCACAGGCACCUCUACGCCAAAACAGACUCGGGCGUGUGAGAUGGCAUUCGUGCGCAACAAGUAAACAAGGAAUUCUGGCCAGUUUUUAGAAAUCAGAGGCUUAUUUUUCAAUAUAAAAAUUCAGUGUUUUAGUUGGUUCCUUUUGCAGAGUGAAUGGGGAAAAAAGACAGAAGAAAAACUGCUUUGUAUGAAGAUGCUUUCGUCUUCCCGUGCCCUUGGCCUCGGGGUUCCACCCACCCGC